AAUCGUGAAAUAAGAAGCCAUAAUGUUAUAGGGAACAUCUUGAGUUUGGUCUACGAAGAUCAGUCAUCAGCCCUACGAACUUUACCAAGACCAUAGACCAAACUCUAACUUCCCACAAAAACCCCGAAAAAAAAAAAAAAUUACAAAACAAAAAUAUGGAAAUCUCCAUAACAAAAAUGAAUGGGCUUCUUGUCCUCUUGUUCAUCACAUUUGUCACUGUAGGGGCAGCAGUGCCAGACAACAGCACGAGAAGGCACUUGACCAAAAAAUACAAAGGACCAUGUGUAGCAGCUAAUCUUAUUGACAAAUGCUGGAGAUGUGACCCUCGUUGGGCUGAUUAUCGCGAAAAAUAUGCUUCAUGUGCCAUGGGCUUUGGCCGCAAUGCUAUGGGUGGAAAAGGUGGACGGGUUUACGUUGUCACUGAUAAUUCUGACGAUGACGUCCAGAAUCCCAAACCAGGUACCCUCAGGCAUGCCGUGAUCCAAAAGGAGCCCUUGUGGAUCACAUUCGCAAAACACAUGCAUAUUAAGCUGAGCAGGGAACUACUCAUGCAAAGCUACAAAACCAUCGAUGCCCGUGGAUUCAAUGUCCAUAUCGAAAAAGGAGCUGGAAUUAAGAUGCAAGGUGUGAGCAACAUUAUCAUCACUAAUCUUCACAUUCACAACAUUGGUAUCUCUUCAGGUGGCAUGAUCAGGGACUCAGUAGACCACAUUGGCAUAAGGGGUAAUGAUGAAGGCGAUGCCAUCAGUAUCUUCGCAUCUCAUGAUAUUUGGAUCGACCACGUUUCCAUGUCACGUGCUGCGGAUGGGCUCAUUGAUGCCGUCCAAGGAUCAACCGGUAUCACCAUCUCCAACUGUCACUUCACCGAUCACGAUAAAGUAAUGUUGUUUGGUGCUAACGAUAACUACCUCGAUGACAAGAAAAUGCAAAUUACUUUAGCUUACAACCAUUUUGGUAAGAGGUUGGAUCAAAGGAUGCCUAGAUGCAGGCUUGGGUUCUUCCAUCUUGUCAACAACGAUUACACCCACUGGAUGAGGUACGCUAUUGGUGGCAGCAGUGAAGCAACAAUCAUUAGCCAGGGAAAUCGUUUUAUUGCUCAACAGGAUAUUGCAAUUAAAGAGGUGACACACAGGGAAAAGGCAGUUGAAUCAGAAUGGAAAAACUGGACUUGGUUAUCAGUAGAUGAUGAUAUGCAAAAUGGUGCAUUCUUUAGAACUUCUGGUGAUCAAAAUGCACUAAGCAAAUUGAAGAACCUCAAUUUGAUGCCAGCAGAGCCAUCGUAUAGAGUUGGAAUUCUUACUAAGUUCUCAGGAUCACUUGGUUGCACAGUAGGACGUGCGUGUUAGUACACGUACAAUAUAUGUUCCAUUUUAUUAUUUCAGAAUAAAUAAACUUCUAUAUUAUACACCUCUAGCCAUCACAUUUACCAUAACGAAAAUUAAGAAAGAGAUAUCUUAUAUUAAUUCUCAUGCAGAGAUCAAAACUCUGUUUUCUUUUGUUCCUUUCUUUUGGUGAAAGGUGUGGGGUGGUCAAGAGGAUUAUCUACUAUUUUGACUUGUUAGAUUAGUUUGUAAUAACAGUUUCGUUCUGAAAUGUAAGUUCGUUUAUUUUAAUUUUCAA